CGUGUAGCGAGCAGCGGCCAGUGACUGUGAAGAGAUGACUAAGGGGCGGGGCAGGCGGGUCGUCUGAACUGCAGAGUGUGUAGGGGUGCACAGUGCACGGAGGGAGUUGGGAGCAGUGUCAUUGGGUCCAGUGUAUGUGAUACGUUACGGGGACACAGCGGGACUGUAGUGCUACCGGGCCGGUCAUGGCAGCCAGUGUGCACUAACAACAACACAACCCUUGUUGGAAGGUUCCCGGAGAGCAGUAACUUGAUGAUAAAAUCUUCAGAAAAUAUGAAUCCUGCAGUUCAGGUUUGGUUUGGAGAUGAUCUUCCGUUAAGUCCAAGAAGCCCUCUUACUCCAAGACAUGGCCCAGGUCUGUCUGAUGUUUCUCAGUUCGAUCAGUGGUUGGCUGUUCGCCAUGAAGCCACCCUGAUUCCUAUGCAGGAAGACCUGGCCAUAUGGAUAAGUAGCUUGUUAGGUGCAGAGGUUAGAGGGGAACGAUUUAUGGGCGAUCUUGACAAUGGUGUCCAUCUCUGCAACCUGAUUCAUGUAGUGCAACACACUAUGAGACAGUGCUGCACGGCUGAAGAGCUAGUGGGUAUGCCCAUGAGGAUGGUCCCAUGCAGGAAAGAUGCACCCUCGGGGUCAUUCUUUGCUCGAGACAACACAGCCAACUUCCUUCGUUGGUGUAGGAGUAUUGGAGUGGAUGACACCUAUCUUUUUGAAUCUGAAGGUCUAGUGCUCCAUAAAGACCCCCGACAAGUGUGUCUUUGUCUCCUUGAUGUGGGCCGAAUUGUAUCCAGAUAUGGAGUGGAACCACCUGUCCUUGUAAAACUGGAAAAAGAGAUUGAACUUGAAGAAACACUGUUAAUGGAGUCUGGACCGCUAGCUCCCACUACUAUUGAGAAAUCCUGCUGUCACCAUGAGCUUCAUGAGGCUGUAACCCACAUUGCUCAAGAUCCCCCUUGCAACUGCUCACACAGGUUCUCUAUUGAAUACUUAUCAGAGGGCCGCUAUCGGUUAGGGGAUAAAAUUCUAUUCAUAAGGAUGCUACAUGGGAAGCAUGUAAUGGUUAGAGUAGGUGGAGGAUGGGACACUCUUCAAGGUUUUUUGUUAAAAUUUGAUCCUUGCAGAGUUUUGCAGUUUACAACUUUGGAGCAAAAGAUUUUACAAUUCCAGAAGGGGGUGCAAUGUGACAGUGUGUCAACCUCCUCAAGUAAAUCUGUACAGCCUCCAGUAAUGAACCCUUUAUCUGCAAUCAGUGUUUCACAAAAAACAGCAUCUACCCCGCCCCCGCAAGUAACUCCUUCCAGUGUUAAUCCUAAAAGUCAAAAAUCUCCAAUGCAGACUACUCACAAGGGAACCAAGAAUACACCAGCCACAUCAAUACAUCCCAAAAUCCAAGUCAUGCCAAGAAAGGGGUCUCCUUUACUUCCUGAGCCACAGAAGAAGGUAGCAAAGAAAUCAAAUUCUCCACCACAUGCUUCUGCUGCGAGGCCUGAAACCAAAGGUUCACAGAAAAACCUUACUUCACCUAGUAAUGUUGGGAAGCCUAAUGGUUUACUUUCUACUAAAGCAGCUCAGAAUGAUAAAGACAUUACGCAGUGUGGGAGUAUGAACCAGAGGAUACAGACACCUAGAAUUUCUCCCACAUCAACGGCCCAUCAUAUAACCAAAUCUAAAGGUAUGUCUAACCUCCAGGCAAAGCCAGUAAAAGUGACAAGUUCUUGUAAACCAGGUAUUACAACAUCGACUAAAGCGGACCCAUCUAAGAGGACUGAGGUUAUAAAGCAGAACUGCAAAAGCACGACCAAUCAGAAGUCUGCUCCAGUCAUACCGUCUUCCAGAGAUAUAAAGGUUAGUAAAAAGGCAGACCUGCCCAAAAACAAUCUCCUGGAGAGAAAGCCCUUUGUGGUAUCAUCUCGUGUGCCUGACAAAAUGACUGUUUUUCCUUAUCAUUCUCAACCUUUACCUAAACAGCCAAUUGCAGGUGCUGUCCAGUCAAAUGUGGUCAGCAGGAACACUACCAAACCAGUCCAAUCUGCCAGAAAUGGCACUAGUAAGACUGUAUCUGAUAAGACUACUCCUUCCGGACGCACCCCUCUCUCUGUAGUUAAACUUCCACAAUCUGCACCCAAAACUCAGCCUGCACUAAAGACAAAAUCAACAAAAACACAGCCUGUAAGCAGCACCAUGAAUAAAGAUAAAGCACCUACUGCAUCUGAUCAACUAGGUUUAAAGGUAAAACUGUCUCGCCGGGCUGCUCCUGAUCUCAUGAAAGAUAAACUGGUUAAGGACAAGGAAGACCACCUUACUAGGUCAAAAAAGAAGUGAAAUAAAACACCUUUCCUUGUCAAUGACAACCAUUCAUUCACCAUGUUAGGUGUAAGUGAACAAGUAUUUCCCAGUGAAUUCAUGUGGUUUUUACUGUAGGAAUUCAAUAUUCUGUUUUUAUUUUCCUUUUAAAGCCAUACAUAUAAAGCCAAGUACAAUCAUAAAGUUCUAUCUCUAAUAACACUAUGCCUAAAACACAUAUACUGAUGUGUUGCAAUAUUGUUUACUACUAUUAACCAGGAAAAUAUGUACAUGCCAACUGUGCUCAAUAUGGAUACUCCUGCUGGCGGGAAGCCAUAUCAUUCAAGAAACUUUUAUACCAAAUGCCGCCUUAUGGAGAUAGUAGUAAUAUUUGUGCCUUGCUAGUAGGUUUUAAAGUAAUGUGUAUAUUGUUAAAUUCCAAAUGGAGGUUUUCAUUCACAAAACACUUGAGUGCAUUUACAACUUUUUUUAAAAGUUACAUUUUUAUUUUUGUUCUGUGGGCGAAUGUACAUAGGCCUAUUUUUUUCAUUAAAAUUUUUUCUCUUCCUUGAGUUGUGCGUUGGCAUCGCUAUUUGCCAAGCCAUAGCAUUUUACUCAUCACCACCUUUUUUUUUUUAUUUUUGGCUAGACGAGAAGGGUGAUGUGGUCCUUAAAUCAGUUUCCCUUCCCUUUUGUUUGAUGCACACAUUCAUACAGUAAAGAAACCAAAACAGGUAGCUUUUGGUUCUCCGCAAAUCAAGCUGAGGUCUGAGAUGGGUUAAUUCACCACCCAUAGGGAGAAGGAGAUCCGGUCUUCCACUAUAGAUGACUAGCAAAGCUUAUUUGUUGCAGAAUUUUUGAGGAAUAUUUGGUGAAGGAAGCCCAUAAAAUGUGUGUAAACGUGGGACUAAUACAAUCCUGACAGUAACAUUACAUUCACGUUACACUGCAUAUUUGAUGACUGAAAGGCUAUGUUCACACAAUGGAAUUUCCAUGCAGAAUUCCUCAUUGGAAUUUCACACAGAUUCCACGGCAGCAGAAUCCAAUUGAUUUUAAUGGGAUUCUGCUGUGCUGUUCACAUAGCAGAAAUGCCGGUGUCCACAGAAAGACUAGACGUGUAGAAAUGCAUUGCCGUCUAUGAAGUCUUAGCACCGGCAUGUCAUCCAAAGCAGUCGGAUUUGUUGUUGGCAACUGGUCAACUUUUCCUUUGCCAAUAAUUCCUACCUGUUUUUGCUUCCUUUUAUGUUUUUAGAAUCAUGGUGAUCAUUUAUGGCCCUCUCCACUAUUUUACUCCUUAACUUUCUGGCCUCAGCUGUUACACCAGUCCUAGUAUACAGGCUUAUCUUGAAAUAUCCUUUUUUAUUAUAUCUCUAUUUAGGACACUUCAGAUUUGUCUUUUUACCUAAUAAGGUGACAUUCUACUUUUUUUUUUAAUUUUAUUUGCCUUAACUAUGGCUACUGAGAUUACAUUCAAGCUUAUAAGAAAAGAAAAACCAACCUAACAGUGGUUAAUGAUCUAACCUUGUCAUGUACAUGACACGGGACAUCCACUCAUUAGGCAGGAAAUUCGCAAGAGUCUUUAACAACCCUUUUAGUGCAUGUUAGUGUUAUUAAACCCUAUGAUGGGUGACAAAAUGCUACUUCCAUAUGGAGUCCAGCUACUGCUAUUCCAUCUGGUGUCACUAUAAAUCAUCAGAAAUAAAUGCUAAUGUGGUAUUGUAUUGCAGGUCACAUGUCUUGUGACUCUGAAUAUUAGAGGUAAUUUGUAAUGGAAUGCCGUAUACUGGUCAUUUUGUAGUAUCUUCCCCUUGUAAUAAGAACCCUAAAUAUAACUUUUAUUUUUUUAUUUUCUUUUAAAUGCACCUAUGCAAUUCUGUACUUAGGUAACAUAUAAAAGGUGCAUGUUUUGGCACACAAUUAUGAAUUUUUUUUAUGCUACCUCUAGAGAUGAGCGAACUUACAGUAAAUUUGAUUGGUCACGAACUUCUCGGCU